UAUAAAAGGGCUGGCUAGGUAAUCUGGGGGCACAGUCGACAAGCGUCGUCGGUUACAAAGACAAACAAAUCCCACAGCAAAAUGUUCAAACUGACCGUAUUUCUGGCUAUCAUCGCCUUUGCCCAAGCGGGCAUUGUGGCCCCAGUAGUGCCAGUGGCCCAUCCGGUGGUGGCCCAUCCGGUGGUAGCCCAGCCGGUGGUCGCGCAUUCAGUCGCAGUACCACACCCAGUAGUCGCUGCACCACUUGUACACGCUGCCCCAGUGGUACCAGUGGUACGACACGCCCCCAUCAUAGCUGUACACCAUUGAAAAAUGAACAUAAACCCACAUAGAUUUGAUAUUGUGAAAUAAAAAUUUAAAAAUCAA